AUGAACACCCUGAUGCUCACGGCCGGCGGCGCGGUGGACGAACAAUCUUGCGUUGACAACAAUAUGGCAUUCUCUUCUUAUAACAUGAUGGAUUCAGGAGGAGCAGGUAUAGCAGAAUCACCACCGACUUACCACCGGAGCUAUGAGCAAUACGUGCAAGGAGCCGUUGAAAACAGUACCGACUCAGUCCAAGAACAGCCCAGCCCGGAGCUGGUCGUAUGGUCGACUCUACCUUAUGGCCUCGACUACAGAACUCAGUAUGAAUACCGGAGCCCUUAUGACACCAGUCGGGAUUACUCCACUCAACAGUAUGCUAGAGCCCCGUUCACAUCUAAAAUGGGACAGGCUAAGGCGUUGAAAGAAGCGAGGAUAAGGAGGCCUAUGAAUGCCUUUAUGGUAUGGGCGAAGGUGGAAAGGAAAAAACUGGCUGACGAGAAUCCGGAUCUACAUAAUGCCGACUUGAGUAAAAUGCUAGGUAAAAAGUGGCGUUCGCUCACACCACAAGACAGGCGGCCGUUCGUUGAGGAAGCGGAGCGUCUGCGAGUGAUACACAUGACUGAGCAUCCAAACUACAAGUAUAGGCCUCGUCGACGGAAGCAGAAUAAAACACGCCCAAACCAACCAAGCACACCAGCGAGCGCUCCGCCUGCUGCCUCUGCUGCACUAGGCUCGCCCUACGCCACGGGUACUGAUUCACCUGAUGCUCGUUUCUCGCACAAUCCUGGCGCCGGAUUCUCUCCCUACCGAACCUCGCCUCUCGCCUCUGAUUACCAGACAAACCAACAAUUUAACGGACACGUUCAAACACCAGAAUCUUCUCCAGCCCGUUCCCCUGAACCACAAGGCAGGAGGAGUGCACCCGCUGAGGCUCCUCUCCCGACACCUGAUGCCUCACCAGUUGAAAACGAAAAGGAAAACUUCCAAUACGAAGAAAGAAGGCGUGCGAUUAACGCAUCUUCCAUGUCUGAAUCAUACUCUCCUUACAAAACGUAUAGAACGCCGGGUUCCUUUUCGCCAGCGCCUGUAGCAGCCAUGGGCAUGGCCAAUGGCAUGUACGUGAUGUGCACUCAGAGAACUUUGACUGAGCAGCCUCCGCUCGUGACUGGGACAUUUUUUCCACCAGUCGCUACUUCGCAGGAUCAACAAGCUUUAGGCACGACCACGCCUAGAGUUUCUUCAGCUCCUAGUGGUAACAUGCCGACGGAAUACAGCAUUCAAUAUCAUCCCUAUGAGCAAUACGAACACAUGUAUAAAACUGAGGAUUCAUAUGUUUCCCAUUAUCCUGAUCAGCCAAAAACUGAGUACGAUACUGGUGGCACUUAUUUCUCUGAGGAGCCGCCAGCAAAUCAGCAGCAGCAGGAAGGGGAGCAAAACUUUAUGAAUCAGCGUCCAGAAAUCCGAACGGGUUCACCUGAAUCUGACGUAGAUGCUAGGGAGUUUGAUAAAUACUUGGACUAUGGAACUGAAGGUCAGAUGGAACAGCAUCAACAGCAGUAUAGAUAUGAGCAACAGCAGGGCUACCCACGGCCUCCAUACUGCGGUGAGCAGGCCGUUGGUCCAGAGUACUGUUCUGAAAGAAUGUACGCGUCUCCGUAUGCAUCAGUGAUUUCUGGAGCCCCGCCUACUUCUUACCCUUCUAGUGCUCCGGGUAGUGACGUCAGACCUGAAGACGAGUUUAGCGUUAUACUGGCCGGAGUACGACAGACUUGUUACAGCAAUUGA